AGAAAGCUGGUGGCCAAUGCUUUUAAAGGUCGUUUGCAUUUAUUAUCGAAAUCUUUUGCUACGUUAUGAAUGGCCAAAAUACAUGUUUAAUCAUACCCGGAUGUCACGACUCAAGUGUUUUAUUUUGUAUAAAUGUUUGUAAACAAGUAAACAAGUUAUAAUCGUGAAACCGAUCAAACGUGUCAUUAAAAACGGACCUACUCAACACUUGCGACGAGUAUAUAUUGCCAGCCAUCAAUUACACUGGACUACACUCUUUUCAGUAACUUCUAAAAUCAAAAUUUUCAAGAUGUUUGUUCACGUUAUCGUUGCAUCCUGCAUCGUGACCAUCGUGCUGGCUGGUUGUACUCCGAAUCCGUGUCUAAACGGAGGAACUUGUGUCGAUCUCUCUUCAAGUGAGGACUUUCGUUGCAAAUGUGCACCAGGAUGGGACGGACGCGUCUGCGAGACUCAUUUCCGUUACCUCGGAUGCUAUAAGAAUCAGAUGCAACGUGUCUUGCCUGUGAGGUACCCCGACUCGACGUCAAACUCGCCGUUGGAGUGUGCGUCUCGAUGCAGGUCCUACAGAUUUGCAGGCGUUGAGAACAGCAACGAGUGUUUCUGUGGAAACACGCAGCCAGUUGCGAGUGAGCCCGAGUCUGAAUGUAAUUCUGUGUGCCCCGGGGAAAGCACAAAGAAAUGCGGAGGAGUCUGGAGGGUCAGUGUCUACAGCAACAGGGCUCCCAUAUACCGCGGAUGCUACGUGGAUACGAUACCCCGUGUCUUGCCUACUCAAAAGACUCCCAACUCGCCCACAAACACGCCUUUGGAAUGUGCCUCUCGCUGCAUUGGUUUCGCUUUUAGCGGCGUUGAGGCCAGCGGCGAGUGUUUCUGCGGCAGAGUACUACCCACAGUGCUAAAGCCUGACUCCGAAUGUAACUAUGCGUGUCCUGGGAACAGCGCAUUGACAUGUGGCGGGUGGUGGAGAAUCAGCGUCUAUAGCAAUUAGGAGUGCCGAACAACGUUGCAUGAUACAAGCAGCCCGAAAAAAACUCUGCGCUUUCUGAAAAUGGAUGCUGGCUUUUGUUAAUAAAUUAAAGAUUAUUUCUCAUUAUCCUUUUCAACUUCCUGAUUACAGAGAUAAUUGUUGCAGUCUAUUUUAUUAAAACACUUCAACCAUGUUGUUUAGAAUGAUUUAAAGGUUUACUUGGUAAUUACAUGUUGUCUUUGUCACAGUAACAUGUGUUUAAAACCAGUUGUGCAAUAAAUGAAUAUUACUAGAAAAUGCUAAAAAGACUAAUACUUCAGGAAAUAAAUCUUUGCUUGUGUAUACUUUCAAUAAAAGCAUUCUUCUGCACAGAAA